AUGUCCAUGCGUAUGUUACCCCGUCUAUCGAUCGUAGACAUUGUUAUAUGAGAAUUGUAUUACAAAAUCAGCGGUGUCUUCUAAGAGAGUCUGCGAUGGAAAUAAAAUAUAAUUGUCAAGACAGAAAUGGUUGCUAUGAUAUACAGUUUUGUUUUCCGGGUUAUUACGAUAGUUUAUGUGGUGUUUUUCAUGAAGAAUGUUAUAGCGCUGUACGUCAAUUUUAUAAGGAUGCUAGCAAGUGUAGUUUGGAAAAUAUUUGCAUAAAUAUUUUUCGACGUUGCGAUGGUACAAUGGUUAGCGAAACUUUAAUAAAACAACAAGUGGCGGACGUUUAUGGCCGACUGUAAUUACAGACGGUGUUCUGAAACCAAUACCCAGUUUUUAUAUUUAUCUUAUAGCUGUGAAUAAAUGUGAUAAUGGUGAUCGAUAUAUAACUAUUGGGAUUGUACACUGGUUGUUUGGGAUUUAUGGUGAAUUGCUGAUUGAUUACCGCAUCUAUCCUGAAUUGUUCAGACCUCAACCCGAGUGGAAAGAUACGCCGAUCUAUUUACCGUCUGUGACGUUUGACAGUAUUGAUUUUAAUAUUGAUUAUACUGAGCAACAGCAGUUAACAGCUAGCGAAGCGAAAGAUUUCGUCGCCGGUGUGGUAGAUACGUUGAUUACAUUUUUAAAUGAAAAUUAUGAGAGAGAUUUUGAGACGGUGGUCGCCGAGUUUGAAAAGGAGCAUGGGAUGGGUGUAUCAAAACGUUUGAUACAGAUUAUGAUAUACCAUCAAAAAUUGGUUCACCGCGUACAGGAUUGGAUAAUAAAGAGUUGCGGCUGUACACGAAACGACCAAGUCUGUCAUUGUGGAUUGUAUACCAAACGCGAUAUAGUGAAGUGUAGAAAGUUGUACUUUCAAGACGCGGGACUAUUGGUCAGCGAUGAGGUGUAUUUUACCACCUCGAGAUAA